AUGGAGCCCGACGGUAUUUCCCUACCUGCUGACUGGUCUUGGAUCGACGACUUCUUGGCAGCCCAGAAUGAAGAUCUGUUUCACCCGACCAGCAAUACAGCAUCCAACAAUGGCGAGUCUUUUGCCAAUGGACCUAUCGUGGAAGGCGAUUAUCAAUACGCAAGCCAUGGUAUCAUGUCAGAUGACAGCUCUGGGCUUUUUGUCACAAAUACUGAAAACCCAUUUCACAACGUGCUUCUAGAAGACGCAAGCCUUGCUGCAGGAAAUAGGUCGACAAAUUAUGAAGCGCAAGACAUUUCUCUUCUGAGUGAACGGCUGGAAAAGCUUGAGCACACUACACAGCUCACGUACGAGACCACGGCUUCCAUCCAACGAGCUAUGAAGCGAUGGUCUGUCACGGUGAAUAAAAGCCUAUUAGAGAUCGCUAAAGCCGUUGGUAUCCCUCUUCACUACCAGGACAACGUAGUGGGUUUGCAACCAAGUUUUGGUGCAGGGGCAUCCAUCAGAUACACCACAUCGAGAGAGUCGUUUGCGGAACAGGCGGCGAAGGAUACACAUGGAAUGAAGCCAUAA